AUUUCAAGUACACAGUGUGAGACCCCUUCAAAUUCUCUGUGCUGCUUCCACUUCUGUCAGCCAGAUCUGGGCUUCUUUAUUUUCGAAACAAUUUCAAACAGUUAUACUGUCUUUGUAGAUGAUACUAAUGUACUGAAGUGGCAAUGUUCGGGGGAUAACAGACCACUCUCUCGAUUUGCAUCGCAGAGAGGGAAUCUACGUAGUGUAAACCGUGUACCGCUAGCGCGUUUAUCCAGAUGAGCAGACAUUGAAAAAGUAAACUCGCAACAUAAUUUGCAGCGGACGACUUCACCUUAGGAAGGUGGGAGCCAUGGCCGUUACACUGUCUCUCUUCCUCCUGAGCCUGGUCCUGUUGUACGGAACGCGAGCGGAGUCUACCCCAGCCGCAGUGACGGUUUCUCCAGGUUCCAUAGAGGGCCCCCAUUUCACUGGUUGCCGCUCCAGGGAGCAGGAGACCUUCCGCUGUUGGUGGACUGCUGGGAGCUUCCGGAACCUCAGCGAGCCUGGUGCCCUCAGGGUGUUCUUCCUGACCAAAAAUUCCAACUCAGAGUGGCAGGAGUGUCCAGAUUACACGGCAGGUGUGGAAAACGAGUGCUACUUUAACAAGACCUUCACAUUCAUCUGGACCUCGUACUGCGUUCAGCUACGUGACGCUUUCCAGAACACUACUUAUGACGACUACUGCUUCACCGUGGAGAACAUAGUGCGCCCGGACCCUCCCAUCGGGCUGAACUGGACCCUGCUGAACGUCAGCCGCUCGGGCCUGCAUUUUGACAUUCUGGUCCGCUGGGCCCCGCCUCCAUCUGCAGAUGUGGAGAUGGGUUGGAUGAGUCUGGUGUACCAGGUCCAAUACAGAGUCAGAAAUGCCUCUUUCUGGGAAGAGCUGGGCUUGGAGAGUGGUACUCAGCAGUCUAUCUAUGGCCUGCACACAGACAAAGAGUAUGAGGUCCGUGUGCGCUGCAAAAUGUCAGCGUUUAAGGAUUUUGGUGAAUUUAGCAACACCAUCUUGGUGCAUGUGGAGCAGAUACCAAGUAAAGAGUCUACGUUCCCGAUGACGCUGAUCCUUAUCUUUGGAGUAGUGGGAGUCGUCAUCCUUCUUAUGCUUAUUAUCUUCUCACAACAGCAGAGGUUGAUGGUGAUACUGUUACCUCCUGUUCCAGCUCCGAAAAUAAAAGGAAUUGAUCCUGACCUCUUGAAGAAGGGAAAGCUGGAUCAGCUAAACUCCAUCCUUAGCAGCCAACACAUGUACAAACCGGAUGUGUAUCGUGAGGAUCCGUGGGUGGAGUUUAUUGAGCUGGAUGUGGAUGAGCCGCCUUGUGAGAAAGACCACGGUUCCGACACACAACGUCUCCUGGGCCGGGACCACAUGGGUUCCUCCCACGCCCUUGGAGCCAAAGACGACGACUCGGGCCGCGCCAGCUGCUACGAUCCGGACGUCGCCGAACCGGACUCCAUGCUAAUGACUGCCCUCCUCUCGUCUGGAAAUUCCGAGACCUCGGGAGAGCGGCACCCGUUGGUGUCCAGGAGCAGCUCCGCCCAUAGCCUGAGCGAUCCCGUCGACUCUGCGGAGAUGCGUUCGCCGAUCCAGACGCAGCCGAGCAUGCCCAGUUGGAUCAAUAUGGACUUCUACGCCCAAGUCAGCGAUGUCACCCCCUCAGGAGGAGUGGUGCUGUCCCCCGGCCAGCAGAACAGCUCUCAGGAGAACAACCCAGAGAAAAAGAAAGGCGAGGGUGAGGAUCAGGAGCAGGAUGGAGAAGAGAAGAAGUUGAUGAAGGUCCAGCUGUUGGUGGUUGAUCCUGACAGCGCCUACACUUCAGAGAGUAGCGCCAGGCAGCUCAGCUCCAAUGCCGCCUCCGGUCCUCCCGAGCAAACCUAUCAGGCCCUUUCUUCACAGCCGACUGAGGAGGUUUCGGGCAGAGAGCGUGUGGAGGGUGGGUAUAUCUCAACUCCAGCCUCACCAGGAGAGUAUCAGAGCCCUUACCUGUUUCCCGAUGCUCCUCAGCCUCCCUUGUCUCUGCCCCCAGUCUCAGACUAUACAGUAGUGCAGGAUGUGGAUGCUCAACACAGCCUCCUUUUGAAUCCCUCCAAUGCUCAGCCCUCGCCCUGUCCCCUCAACCCCACCAAACAUCUACCAGCCAUGCCCACAAUGGGGUACCUUACCCCAGACCUGCUGGGUAACCUCAGCCCCUGAGUGUAGCAUCAUCCAUCAGCCAAAGGAGCCUGGGUGUUGAUGCCGUUCUUUUUUUUUUAGCAAUCCUAGAUGUACCUUGCAACUGCUGGAAACCAAAGUUUCACGGACAGCAUUUCCCGAGUGUUGUUUGAAGGAUUGUUGGGUAGGAGUCGUCCUCAUUAGGCGACGAUCCUGAGAUUACCGCCUUGUUAAAUCUCAGUAUUUGAUUGUCCUGAAAGUGAAUUGCUAACACAGAGGCAAACUGUGUAAAUAUGCAGAUUACACACAAAUGAAAUAACAGAAAUACAGUCAAUUUAUGGCUAUAUUGGGACACUGCUACAACAGCUAUUGUGUAGUAUAAACCUCUUUCGCAUGUUGAAAUUUCAGUUCAGAUUUAUGCAGUGAGAUGGGUAUGAGCUUAAUGUGAGAACGUAGAAAUCAGUUAAAAAAACUUCACACAUAAACAUCUGUAUUUCAUUAAUUAUGCAAAAUUAAGGGUAUUUUUUUAAACUGUGAUUAAGUGCUAUCUCAGAACCAGUUGCUUCAAUUUUUAAGAUGUGAAGCCCCCAGUUUUAUCAUGCAGGAAUGGAAAAAAAAAGGAAAAAAAAUGUACACCGUUUACAUUUACUGUGAAUAUGUAUGUCAUGCAAUUGCAAAAGUACAUCAAAUCAGGGUUAGAGCAUUCAAGCACUGGCUAUGGAGUCAAACAAUGCUUAGUAUGGAUUGAGUCAUCAUUUAGAAUAGACAAUAUCUCCUCUCAGUCUCCGAACAGACUUGCUUUUAUCUGGAGCACUGCGUGACCCUGUAAGUUAGAGCCGUUUCUUUACAUAUCAUACACAUAUCAGUUUCAGCAAGAAACAUAUGGUGAAGAAAUAUGUUUCUGUGUAUUAUUCAGACACUUAAAGGGAUUGCACAUAUUUGAACACAUCAUGUUUCGUCUGGAAAAGUCUCUCGAAAAUUGUGAUAUUCCUAAAGGAAAAAAAAAAAAAGGAAAUUAUGUUCUUUGACUAUGGAUCUUCAUGUCAUUUUCUGGACAAUCUUAGCUCAUCUUCUCUAUUGAUGCCUCAUCUUAACAGAUCAAGUUAUGAAAUGUUGCCUUUUGUGCUGAUAUAGGGAAAUGUAAAACAAAACAAAACGAAACAAAAAACCAUCAUGUGCUACGAUAAGCGUAGAGACAGAGACUCAAACUCAGCUGUGGUACAUGACAUAACAGAAAUGAAGAGUUUUCCCUCGCUUGGAUAUUUUUUGUAAACUGCCUUAGAGUACAUGUAGCAGUGUUAUCAUGAUUAGAGGCUUAUUCUUAUACCAUCUUUGUGACUGGUCAUACGCUCGUUAAACAAACUUGCAUCAGACCUGGUAGCCAUUAAGGCACUUCUAUCGGCCUGAGAAGUCAAACUCUGUCCAUGAUCAAAUGUGGAACGUGGUUCCGUCUUGGGUCCCAAUACACCUUAAUGAAGUUCUCCGGGAAGUUCUACGCCUUAUAUACCGCAACCUCUUGGCAUGGGGGAAAGGAAAAGCUGCUUUUCGAGGAAACACAAACUAUUACAGAACCGUGCAUUGCAACUGCAGAACUAAUAACUGGAAAUAAUUUUUUUUUUUUUUUAUGUAUUAUUUACUGCAUGUUUACCUUAUUUUGGGAAGAUCAGUAGAAUCACCCAUAGAUCAGCCCUUACAUUUUACAUCAGUAUUAUCUUAGUCUUGUAAGAGGUUUUGUCAAAAAGAUGUUAUAUGUAGAAAAUUGCACACGGUUUGCAUUGCUACGGGAAAGUUUUUUUUUGUUUUUUGGUUUUUUUUUAACUUUUAAGUUUCUUAAAUAUGUGGAGACAGAUUUGCUAAGCUUUUGCAUCUGGGUUUUUUUUUCCCAUGUCAAAUUGAACUGAAAUUAAGAUGCCAAAAAAACCCCACACAAAACAAAUAUAAGCUUAAUAUAAUAUAAAUCACGUAGAAUUGGUCGCAAUGUCCAUCUGUACAAAAGCUUUGUAAAUCUGAGUGUUCAGAGAGUUGCACAUAGAAGGAGACUAUUUUCUUUGGGCUUAAAGCCCAUUUAGUCUUGGUCUUGAUGAUAAUGCUUGAAAAGUUUGCUUAUUAUACCUGAGAAAGUUUGUUUAUUAUACCUGAGGAAAAAAUUCACAAAAUAGUGAAAAAUAAGAUAGUGAUAGUAGGGAUACAUAUUGAUACAUUUUUUAAGAAAAAAAAAAUAGAUAAGUAAACAAAAUAUGGUACGAUUUGCUUUAAAAGCAUAGUGUUAAUUUUGUAUUAUUUUUCUAAUCUUUCUCUGUACCGAAAUAAUACCGAAGUUCAACACUAUCAUAAACACUAUCAUUUGUAUUUAGAUCAAUUACAUCAAUGGUUACUGUUAUAAAGCUUUAAAUAAAACCACUCUCCCUGAAUGUCCUAACACACUGCACACACAGUAAUAUAUUGCAGUCUUCUCUGUUAUGUUGUACAGUACAAAAAUGUUUGCAAGUUAUUUCAGUUCACAUAUAUGGUGUAAAUAAGACAAAUAAGCUAUCGUGAGUUCCAUGGAUGUGAAAAUGCGCAUGUUUAGCUGUGUCUGAGAUGUUUGUUUAUAUUUCAGAUAGUAAAUAAUAAUUAAAAAAAACCCAUCUAGCUACGUUAAUGAAGUUCAUACGUAAAAUAAACUGAAAUACGUGUAAGAUAAAUGGUAUCAGAAUGAACACAAGACAAAACAAGCUACGCAGUGUGCCAUAUUUUUAUCAUUUAAAAAAAAAAAAAAAAAAACUUGCCUUACUGACAGAUAUAGAGUAUUGAUGAACUCUUUUUUGCUGCUGCCACUUGCUGAUAUGACCAGCACGAUCAUGUUUAAUGUCUUAAUCUAUCACUUGAAAUGAUGUACAAUAUGCAUUUAAGCUUAUACUGAAUGUUGUUUAGUUAAUAAGCACAGAUUCUACUGUUUUCUAUCUCUUUUCUAUCCCUUGCCUUUUGCUUUUGGUCAAGUAGAUGCCUUUCUGUAUGUAUAUGAUGAAAAGAUAUGCAGUCUAUUUGGAAUCAGUUUAAAUUAGUCCUGUUGUCUUGUGCGUCUUUAGUUGUUAACUUUAGGUACGUAUUGUGGAGUAUAUAAUGCAAUGUACAAUUUUGCUUGCCACUGAUUUUGAACGUGGAAGCAAAUUAACCAGCUAAAUGAAGGAAAUGAAUAAAGAUUUCAGGUUUGCAUAGGAAUAUUUGUACAGUAUUGUGAAAAGAAUCAGUUCAUCAUUACCUCAAUGGAAUGCUAGUGUUUUUUCAGCAUUAUCCAACAUAACUUUACUUUUGCUUAAUAAAGAUAGCUUCAAAAAGGUUUA